CUCACCUUGCCCAUCUUUGUCCCUUCGCAGACCUACAAUAGACGUCUAAGGAGGAGUGUUCGCGAUGCCCGUUCCUACGCCUCGUUGUCGCUGGCCCGCACCGUCUUUUCCACCAACUCUGUCCUCUGGCCUGACCCCUGUAUCCCCACGUGGAUAAUUAGCAUUGACUUCUACGGAUCAAACGACCUGCCCUUGGGCCUCUUCCUUGAGCGUUUCUGUUUCCGGUACUUGCUGUAG